CGUGCGCGUGUUUCUGUGACCUGAUACCCGGAUGUUGAUCGUCGCAGCGUCAGUGCGCAGCUGCUGGCCGGACUUACUGAGGAACAGGAAGGGAGCAGCAGUUCAUGGAAGACAGUCACCAGAAGACAGGAGACAGCAGUCAUCAGGAGGACUCUGAAGACAGCGCAAAAGAAUUGGUCUUAUUUCCAUCUCCUCCAUCCCUCGUCACUCUUUCUUCUGCUUCAUUACAACCCGGUUCUGACAAAAAAAACUCCCCCUGUCGUGUUGUUGGGGGUUCAUCGGACCCCCCUGAGGGAGGGAACAAUGCAAAGUGGACCCCUGUGGCCAACGGACAGCCCCCCUCCACGGUGUCCCAGCGCUUCAUGCCCCGUGAGGUUCCUCCGCGCUUCCGCAACCAACAGGAACCAAAAGUGCUACUGAAGAGGGGCCAGCCGCCACUGUCUUGCAUGCUGCUUGGGGGCGGAAACACAGGGGACACCAUGCCCCAACGUCCGCUGCAGGAGCAAGCUGAUGAUUCAGAUCCUACAGUAGAUUCAAUUUCUCAGCACACAUCAUCUGACGCCUCUGCCACUCCCACUUAUGCAAAUUACACAUGGGGGCUGGGCUCAGGACGUCAACUCUCCGCUCAGGGAAUGGACAAAGAUAAUUCUGAUGUUGAGAAAUGGCCAAGGCCGGAAAGCUCAUGGAAUAGUGAUCAUACUCCAAAUUCUCUCAGUUCGUGGAUUGAUGAGUCUGAUGGCCUGGGAAAGGGCAGUUCUUCUCAACUCUCUGAAUAUGCAGAUGCCAGUGUGAUAGGACGUGCAUCUUCACACUCUGAGAAUAAAGAAUCCAUUAAAAGCGUCAAUCAAGACUUUAUUUCAAAGGUGCCGCUGCUUUCUGGAGACCAAGAAUGCACCCAAGGUCUAAAUCAAAAUUACAACCCAGAUGAAGCAUCCUCCAGUCGAAAACUCUUAUUCCACACUGCUUCUGAGGAAUCUUCUCCCACACCCUUGAGUCCAGCCAGUGCACUGUACCAGACACUUUGCAAAAAAGAACAACACAUUACAGGAGAUUGGAUGGAGCUUCAAGCUGGACCAAAUGGUGGUGGAGAUGAUGGAGCCUCCAAUGAGGAAGUGUUGGAUACAGGAGAAGACCCUAUUGGGAAGAGCAGUGAUGCAGUAAGUGGAAGUUCAGGUGGUGGCACUGGUAUCUCUCACGAAGUGUUGGACAGAGAUAUGGUAGGUUCAAACAAACAGGCAGCUACAGGAUGGACCUCAGACUCUGCGGCUGGAGCAUCAAAAGAGGAUGUGAGAGAGAUCUCUGAGGUAAGCACAGAUAGAUUUCAGAACUCUUCAAUGUGUGUGGACAGCAUGGCAUCAAAAGAUGACAAUCAGAAAGCAGAUAAUGAUUGGAAUGGUUCUAAGAGAGAAUUAACUGUCAGAGAAAGCAAUGAGGAUGCCCAAAAUCUGGUCCAAAGCCCCUCCAAAUGUCAGGCCCUCCCGCCAGAGGAAGCCUUACAGACCAUGAUCAAUCACACUAACCUGGAUCCUAAAGUACUGUGCAACACAGGAUGGGGCAAGACCCAGAUCAAGCAGAAUGUCGCAUGGGACUUUGAGGGUGAGAGUGGGAAUGUUGGCUGGGAUGCAGAAGAGCACACCACCCGUAGUAAGGAAGGCUGGCAGGAAACAGUUGACUUUUCCAGUUCCAAAAUGCAGAAACAGGAGGUUGGCCAGGUGGGAAGAGCUCAAGGGUGGACUGGGCAUGGAGAAACAAGUGUUGGGAAAGGCCGCAAUGGGAGCGGUUGGGGAGAAAGCCAGGAGGUAGAAGAUACUAGCAGGAAGGAUGGGACGGGGUGGAACAAGGGUGGCGGAAGUGAGUGGACUCAAUUACCCGAAGGUGGAGGCUGGAAUGAGGAGAGAGGCAGUCCCCACAAGAAUCAGGAUGAAGGGUUAUGGGGCAGACCUGAAGGGUCGGGACAGCGGAGUGGUGGCUUGGCAGGCAGCAGUGUCAAACAGGACCAGGGAUGGGGUGAGAAGCUUCUUCCAUCACAGAUACCAAACAAACAAGCAGCACUUAAAACCCAAAAUCAACAACCGCAGCAGCAAUCACAAACCCAGCAGCAAAUGCCGGAAUAUCCAAAGGCAUUGCAGGAUCAGGGUCGUCCAAGAGAGACAGACGACCAGAGGAAGGGGUCUGGGUGGACCUGUGGACCCAUCCCUCAGAUGCCUUUAGUUGCAGAGCCGAGUGGGUGGGAUGAACCCUCGCCGCAGUCCAUCAACCGGAAGAUGGAAAUCGAUGAUGGCACAUCUGCAUGGGGAGAUCCGUCACGCUACAGCAGAGCCGUCAAUCGGUGGGAUAAGAACAGCCCACAGGACCAACAGCAGUCGUCUGGAAGACAGGCUGGAGCUCCAUCUAAGACUUCUGUUCCUGCGACUUGGGCACGCAGCAGUGAUCCCUCCGAUUCGUCCAUGAACAGCAGUACAGCUUCUUGGGGGAAGUCGUUUGAUGGUUGGGGGGAAUCCAGUGAUCCAGGGAAAGGAGGAGGAUGGGGAAACGUGCAUUCCCAUUCUACUAAGUGUAGUUCAAAGUCUAUGCAAGAGGGAUGGGGUGACGAGGGCUCGAAUGUGUCCCGACACUCCAGUUUGGAGGAAGAGGAUGGUGGCUCUGGUGUUUGGGGCAGUCGAGGAUCUCAAAGCAACAUGUCCACAUACAACUCCGGGGGCUGGGGACAAGGUCAGGGGGCAAGGAGACACAAUGCUAAGAGCCCUCUUAAAGGCAACAGUGGGGACUCGUGGGCAUCUCCUGUGACUCGGCAGUUCUCAAACAUGAGCGUAAUGGAUGAAGACUCCAGUAUGGGUCACGAUAGUAGGCACGACAGAAGAGGAAUGAAUGAUGGUGAGAUACGGAGAGGCGGUAGGACUGGGGGUGCUUUCCGUUCACAGACUUCCAAAGAGACGCCAUGCGGAGAGACCGGACCUUACCUGGACAAGGUUGGAGGUCAUAGUAUGUUUGGCGGUGGUGGGAUUCCUCCAUUGAGAGGGAUUCAUCAGGCUGGUGUGCACCCCUUAAACCCUUCCCCUGGGAUACGAGCACAAGUGCCUCAUCAGUUCCUGCCGCCUCAGGUUCCUGGGCCAAUGUUAAAGCCAAUGGCGCCCCCUAGUGGAGGCAUGUUCCCUCCACAGCUUUCCCCCCAACACCUCGCCAUGCUCAGUGGCAUUCAUCCACACAUGCAACAGUUUCAACUGGCCUGUCAGCUCAUAUUGCAACAACAACAACAGCAGCAGCAACAGUUUCUGAAUCAGAGGAAGUUUCCUCCUCCUGUGAGACAACAGUAUGACCCACAGCAGUUGGCACGGAUCAUGGCAAUUCUGCAGCAGCAGGGUGUCGGUGGGCCCAGACUCUCUCCGCCCCCCAUGGGAGGACACGUCCCCAAACACCCAGAUGCACACCUCCACCAGCUGGGCAUGAACGCCCACAAACAGCCUGAUGGGCCGGUGCAUGCUGCCAUGGGAGGAUCUGAGCUGCACAGCAAAGCUCCUGCUGCUUUCACAGGGCCGGUCCAGCAGGCCGGCGGAUCCUCCUUCUCUCAGUACGAUGUUUUGGGCGGCAGCUGGCACCGAAGCGCUGGAGGGAAAGUCGACACAUCUCCCAUCAACCCCACCUGGCCUCCAGAGUUUCAGCCGGGCGUCCCGUGGAAGGGUGUCCAGAGCCCCGAGCCAGAGCCUGACCCCUACAUGAACCCUGCGGGAAUAAUGGGAUCCUCCGUGCUCAGUGACGCCGAGCAUCAUCUGCUGCAAGACAGCACAGGGUCAAACUCUCUGAACACCUGUAUGCCUUCACCUGGUGCCUGGCCGUACAGUGCCUCAGAAACACCCCUCGCUGCUCACGGCACAGCUAAAUACUCCGAGCAGAAGUCCAGCUGGCCGCCGGAGCCCAUCGGACACGGCAAGUCAUGGCGGACCAACCGCAACGCUGCUCACAUGUCCCGCCCCCCUCCGGGUCUCAGUCAGAAGCAGCUGUGGGCGGGGGAGGGGCCUUGGAUGCCCAGGGCCUGGGGGGGCGGAGCCAGUGGCCCAGAGCCGCCCUUUAAAUCAGAGUGGAGCGAUGGAGGAGCUUCAGCGGGAAAAUCAUGGCUGUUACUGCGAAACCUCACGCCACAGAUCGAUGGCUCGACCUUAAAGACGAUCUGUCUACAACACGGCCCUCUUCUGACCUUUCACCUCGGCCUGACGCAGGGCAGCGCUCUGAUUCGCUACUGCAGCCCUCAUGAAGCCGCCAAAGCCCAGAGCGCCCUGCAUAUGUGUGUUCUGGGAAACACCACCAUCCUGGCCGAGUUCAUGAGUGAGGAGGACGUCAUCAGUUACUUCACACAUUCCCAGGCCGCGGGGUCACCCGAGGGCUCUCCCGGCUCUGAGCCUGCCCCGAGAGAGGGUGAGCGUCCUGUGGGCAUCAGGGCGGACGGAGACGCGGCGGUGGGCUGGCAGGGGCUGGACGUGAUGGCCGGCUCCGCGGUGGAAGCCCCGGGACUCGCCCUCCUCAGCCAAUGGAGCAACAGCGCAGGGGAGGGGGCGGGGAAAGGGGUCUGGGGGGGCGUGGCUCUCGGUUACCACGGCAGCAGCCUAUGGGGCGGUCCUCAGUUAGAGGACGGCACAGCUGGGUUGUUGCCAGGCAACCUGCUUGGAGGCGGGACAGACAGUUUGUGAUUGACAGCAGUCAGUUAUUGAGAUACUGGUACGUGGAGUUUAAAGUGCGUCAAACUGCAAACGCAAUGAUUGUUUCCAAACAUGUGGAAGCCCUUGCAUUAUCAUAAUAUUUCAGUCUAGUUUUCACAAGACAAGGGUGAAUCUCAUUAAAACAUUUCAUUUUUUUUUAACCCCAAACAUCCAAGGAAAAAUAAUUUAUACUGUGCAUAAGUUUAUUUUAGGCCCAUUAAGAAAUUUCAUUGUGAUUAUUAUUUUUAAUGACAGUUCCCAGUUAAUUCAAAUUGCUGUUAUUAAUGCAUUAAUGCAUAUAUGGUAAUUUUUUAUUUAUAUAUAAAGGUUGUACUACAAAUAUUACUGUGAUGAAUAAAUACUAGUGGAAUUGUCUUAAAAAUAUCACAAUGCAAAAAAAUCGUCUAAAUGUAAAAUUAAACAAGUUCUUGAGGUAUAUUUUUAUUUAUUGAAUGAAACAUAAGUCACCAAAAAGCGUAAUGUGUGGCCUCUGUAUGUUUUCAUUAUUUUUGCAAUUGUUUCUGGCGACACACUGCAACUUUAAGACACACACACUUCGAACAAACACUCGCAUUCAGAGAGCUACAUUUCCGCACAAACACUGGACGAGUCGACAGGCUUUUCUAUCUAUCCAGUGAGAUAUUAAACACACACAGGUGCAGUGUGAGCGUCAUAGGGAUUUGCUUACAGACAUUCUCAUCAUUGCCAGAGUUAAGCUAUCAUAUAUUCGAAUGCAGGGACUGUUUCUAAAGGCCUUCUUUCUCUCUCACACACAAACACACUGCUCAACUUGAACGACUGAUUUCAGUUUGAUGCUAUGCUGGCACUAUUUGACUCUUCGACAGCAGAUUUAUUGAUUUAAUUAGAGAGCAACAGCAUUCGAAGCUGCCAGGUGCGUGAAAAUAACCAAAAAAAAACACACCUAGGUCUCAUUUUGCCCCAGAAUCAAGUCAAAAUCAAAAGCCUAUUUUUAGAACAAGUUCAUUUUUUUUCUUCAUUGUGAUUUAUUUUAAUGAUGACCGAGCACAUGUACUCCCUCAUUUUCAGUAUUGUAAUGUGCGACGUUUUCUACUUCUCAUUGCCGUAACGACAUUGUCUAAUUUCCUAUAUUACAGUUAAAUAUUGUAAUGCAAUUAGCUUAAAAUUGAAAUAAACAAAUGCUUUACAUUUUAAAAUAUUCUAAAAAAUGCAGUUUUCUGCGUGAUCGUAAUGAGAAAUGCAGAGAGUUUCAACUAUCCAUAAAAUGUGCUCCUCAUUAUUUCUGUGGGAUUCAGGAGUGAAAAUGCUUCCCUGUGUUUUGGGAGGUUCACGAAGGCGAUGUUUCUGUCGCUCCGUUCCUCGUCCAGCGCAGCGUUCCUGUGGACUUGUGUGUCUUAAACGCAUCUGAUCUCUCAUUCAGACCUUCCACUGUUCCCUUCUUGAUCUGUUCGUCAGGCUCGCUGUCACAUUUAUAUGAUUCGUACAUUGUUUUUAUUUGUUUGCUAAGGCUAUACAAGUUAUCUUCAAAGACUUUCACGUGAUCGGACGGACGUCUAUACUGUGUGUUUGUGUGCACUUUACUGUUUUUGGUCUGUGUUUGUGAGUUUGUGUGCAGCUGUACAUUGUUGAUUGUGCACUAUACACUGCUGGUUGUGUUUUACCAACAUUGGCAUUAUCGGGUUUCUGCGAUUGCCGUUUCUUUUGUGUUUUUUAAGCGUACUCAUGUAGCCUUUUGUAUCGGCUGAACUGCAAUAAUGAAUCUACAAGCAUUUUUAAGACAUGAGCGCGUGACGGCGUCUCUGCCAAACUUAUCCACCUGUCCAGAGUUUACAAACAGCUGGAAGAUGUGUGUUUUUAUGUGUCUGUACUGUUGUUUUUGUUUUCAAUUGAGACUUUAACACUCCUUUUAGUGUUCUGAUUUUUGAGAUUUUACAAAGAGAGAAAAAAAGAAGUGAGUUUAUUUAAAUAAAAGUGACAUGCAGCUGUUCUAAAGACUGAAGGAUCAGAUGUUUGCCUGUUUUUGUGGGUUCUGGACUCAUUUUGUCACAGAUUGUGUGUCUCAGCUGUGAAACUGUCUGUGUUUAGAGGUAAAAGUGAACUGCUUUUCUUUGACUCACUGAUCAUUAAUAGGAAAAUUAAUCAGCGGUUUCACAUGUAGAUUUUAUUUGAUUAGGUAGAUGUUUUGAUUUGAUGGUCUUUCAUUUUUAAUGUAAUUUUAUUUCCAGUAGCAUUAAUCAUUAGAUACUACUGAAUGCACAUUGAAAUGGAUUUAUUUUUCCAUAUACAGUAUAAAUUUGUAUUAUUAAUAUGGAUUAUUAUCUCCGCUCAGCUGCUAACCUGUCAGUGUGAAAGGUAAGUUAGCAGGUUUUCGUUCAGUUGUGUACAUUUAAUCAAAGUCGUCUUACCUUUUAAUUGUGAAUGUUUGGUUUGUAAUUACAGAUGAUCUUUAAUCUUUAUUUCUUAAGUAAAUCUUAUAGUAAAUAUAAAUACAUCAAACAAUUACACUAUCCUAGUUGAUGCACAUUAGUUCAAGAGUCAUAUAUAGCUAAUAUGAGUUAUAUAUACAAUGGUAAAGUGCUAAACAAACUUGAGUGUGGCAAUCUUUAUGCUACUUGUGUGUAUUUAUGUUUGAGUUUCUUUUUUUGGAUUCCAGAACUUGCAUUAAAUUUUGUAUAUUUUCACAUU